GCGAAGUGCACACGAGAGUCGCAGCGCACGCUGGCGCCGUGUGUUGCGUGACGAUUUGCAGUGUGUUUGUAUUUUGUGUACUUGCUGCGAGUGUCGAGAGCAGUAAAAAAGCAGUGAAAUUUGCUGAAAUUAAGUGAACAAAGUGUGUGUCCGGAAAAUACCCCUGAGGAGAAAGCAUUUGAAAAUAAACAAAGAACCAAAACCUUGGAAAAAUUGGUAACGUUCUUCGCGAGUGGAGUGAAAUCAUUGCGCAGGGGGCCCCCCGGUCUGAUCCCGCGUUGCCGUUUGCCGCGUGUAUCGUAUGACAUGGGAGGAAUUUGGUGGCAUGUGAGCGGGAUCAUAUUUCGUCGGGUGGUACGGUACGCGCGCAAAGAGGAACCACUGCGCCACUAUCACCUUCCCUGCUGGUAGGCAGGCAGAAGCGUCUGACACUGGUCAGACAAGAAUUUAACAUAAAAUCGCGCGAUAGAAAAAAAAAACGACUGCUUCCACGUGGUGCGCAUUUUGCGCGCAACUGUGUGUGUUUGUGUGUGCUUGUGUAACUGUGUCGUGUGUGUGCGUGUAAUGCAACCCUAAGCAACGAGUGGGUUACCAUGGCGACGGCAUCAUCUUCGGCGAGCACGUCACCGCCGCGGAUAAAGGUGAAGAAGGAAAUCUGUACCGAUAACGACACGAUCAAGGAGCUGGCGGAAACGGCGAUGAACGACAUCCUCGGCUGGUACGGGUACGACAGUGUCGAUCGUCUCGAGCUGGCCGCUAACAAUGUGCUACCGUCCACCUCUAACAUCACCAACGCCACCGCCCCACUGGACGAAGUAGAUGGGGAGGAGGAGGAAGACGAGGAGGAAGGUCCAGGUGUUCGGCAGAAACAAUCCAGCCCACCCGCUCGACUGUCAUCCAGCGCAUCGUCCACUGCUGCUGCACUGCUGAAGACAAAAACGAAACAAUCGGCUCUCAUCGGUAGUGGUCAUUACCUGGCACGGGACGAACCCUCCACGUCGUCAGCAGUAGCAGGUGGCAGUGAGCGACGGGUGCAACGCGAUGCAACGUCCAGCGGGGGCCGGCCAGGACAGUCCGGUUCGCCACCCGACCCAACACGGAACGGUAUCGUCUUACAUCAUCAAGCGCAUCAGCAGCAGCAGCAGCAGCUUCAUCAUCAUCAUCACCAUCAUCAUAAUGCUCCGGCUGGCGGGGAAAGCUCCACCUCGGAGAAGGAUAGCUCGCGGGAAAGCUCCAAGAGCCCGAUGCUGAUGAAAAUGCUGACCGACAAGCAAGAGCAGACCUGCCAGUGGUGCCGUAAGGUGAUACCGUCCCAUCAGACCGGCAUACUCGGCACGACCGAGGGCAUGAUCUUCUGUACCGAGGCGUGCUUUUCCCAGUCGCGCCGGGCGUCCUUCAAGCGGGCGAAAACGUGCGACUGGUGCCGGCACGUGCGCCACGCGGUCAGCUACGUCGACUUCCAGGACGGUGCCUCCCAGCUGCAGUUCUGCUCGGACAAGUGUCUCAACCAGUACAAGAUGCAAAUCUUCUGCAACGAAACGCAGGCCCAUCUGGAGAUGAAUCCACACCUGAAGGAGAAGAGCACGUCGGCGGGAACUCUCAUCACGCCCGAACUGUGGAUGAAGAAUUGCAAAAGCUGCUCAAUAUCGCCGGUGUCCGAUCGGUCCGAGUCGGUAUCGCCCGUACCCUCGCUGCCGGUACGCUCGUCACCGGAACCUUCGCCAGUGCUGCUGCGAUCUCCAACGCCCGCCAAAAAGCCGCUCAUAUCGGUGGCACCCGCAUCGAAGCUGCUGUCCAAAUCGCUCCAGCCCAGCACGCUCCCGACCCGUCCCAAUCCAAAGAGCUCCCGCAAGCGCCGUACCGGCCAUAGACCACCGGCGGGCACGAAUGUUUCGAUGUCGUCCGGCAAGCGUUCAACAGCGACGCACCAGGCGGAAUAUGGUGGUGCUGGCGGUGGUGGUAGUGGUGGUGCUAGUAGUAGCAUAAACAACAAUAACAACGUUACCAUCCCGAACAACAAUCUACUAACCGGUGGUGGUCCUGGGACGGUCCCGCAAAAGCCACCGCCCAGUGUGCAGGAUUUAAGAAUUUUGCAAAAGAAGGUGCACGGCUCCGUCGUGAACCUGGCGCCAAACGAUGGGCCCCCGCUCGGCGCCGGGUACGAUGGGCGCGAUCUCACCGGUGGUCCGCUUGGUCCACCGCCUCCACCGCCCCCGGGUGGAGCGGUGUUAAAUAUUCCACCCCAGUUCCUACCGCCACCGUUGAAUCUGUUGCGUGCGCCCUUCUUCCCGCUCAACCCGGCCCAGCUACGGUUCCCCGCGGGGCUUCCGAACCUACCGAAUGCACAGCCUCCGCCGGCACCACCACCACCACCACCGAUGGGACCACCGCCGAGCCCACUGGCCGGUGGACCUCUAGGCGGUCCCGCCGGUAGCCGACCACCCCUCCCGAACCUGCUCGGAUUCGGUGGUGCCGCUCCACCCGUCACGAUUCUCGUCCCGUAUCCCAUCAUCAUACCGCUACCGCUACCCAUUCCCGUACCGAUUCCUGUGAUAGACUUCCUGAAAGCGGCCCUCCCGAAGGGAGAAAGUGAGAAGGCGGACGAGAAACGGGCGGAACAGAAGGACGAACCAUGCGCGACGGACGCAACGGCGGUGAUGCUGGUCGAUAGUGACGAGGCGUUGGGUGGUGAGGAGGCGCCGCUGCCGGACCCUCCGCUUGAGGAUGAUUCCGAUGUGCCGCUCGAUUUCACCGUGGGCAGCCAGGGAAAGGAGGCGGAGCGAGACGCACCAACAAGCAGUCGAAACGAGCUGUGGAACGACCUGCCGGUGGAAACUUCCAGCCCGGUGCGCGAGCCAGCGCUGACAACGUAUGCACUCUCGACGAUUGUGGCGGCUGAAACGGUGGGCGAUCCUGCGCCACCGAUGGGUGAAGAUGAGGCACACCGCGAGCCCGCUGAGUCUGCCAAGCGAUUAUUGCCAAAGUUUAAAAUCACCCGGCUGGAGGCGGGUGGAAAGAUGGUGCUACAGGAGGGUGUUGUGGAGGGCGGCACAAAGGACGAGACGGACAUGGAGCGCGAACGCAAGGAGAUGGUGGAGCGCAGCAGGCCGUUGCGCAAGCGGAAGCGGCUCGUCGUGCAGCAGCAUCUGCACGAGCUGGCGGAAGAGCACGAGCUGGCGGAGCGUACGAACGAUGGGGAUGGGAACACCGGGGAAGCGCAAGAGUACCGGAGCGGUGGCAUUGAGCUGCGGUCGGGUAAUAAAAGUGUAAGCAAGUAAGCAAGAUUGAAUGGGAAAAUCAAUUGUGUAAUGGUGCUGUAAAAGUGGCCGAUGGAGCUCCGCUUAGGAUAUGGCUUGAAGCGUAGCGAUAUAGUAGCUGGGAAUGAAAUUCACCCGCUUUCAGGGUAAAGGAGGCGAUGCUAAAAAAGAGCGCAAGGAAAUGCCAAAAGGGGGCAAUAGUUGUAGCAGUUUUCGGCAUUAAAAAAAACAG